UGUGCUACUUUUUGUACCAAUGACGACAACUGCUGUUCUGCCAGCUUUCUUACAGACUUGGAACAAUGCGAGUUAAAUGAAGCAUGUUGUCCUGAAACAAAACAAACCAAAGCUGCAAUAACAAUAAGAAAGAAUCAUGAUAAAGUUAUUCCACAAAUGGACUGCAGUGAUAUGCCACCAGGGAGUAAAAGUGGUGUGUAUACAAUUCAACCAGCGGCGUGCAAUAAUAUAUCAGUGUUCUGUGACAUGGAGACGGAUGAUACAGGCUGGACAGUAAUUCAAAGACGAUUUAAUGGAACUACAGACUUUUACAGAUAUUGGGAGGACUACAAAAAUGGGUUUGGAGAUAUUUCCGAAGAACAUUGGCUUGGAAAUGAUAAUAUUUACCUUAUUCUCAAGCAUAAAGCCUACAAAGUAAGGUUCGACUUUGAAGCUUUCACAGGAGAAACAGCAUAUGCAAUCUAUGACACAUUCAAUGUUUUGGAUGAGACGACAAAUUACAUACUACAAAUCUCUGGCUAUACUGGUACUGCAGGUGACUCAAUGAAAGAUAUUGAUGGAACCAGAAACAAUGGUUUAAUGUUUUCUACACGUGACAGAGACAACGAUAUCUCAAACAAAAGCAGUUGUGGCAUCUACAAAAGGAGUGGAUGGUGGCACGCAUGGUGUACCUGGGCAAAUAUCAACGGCAUUUACUUUAAUAAUGGGGAAAGCAGCGUUCAUUGGAAGUCUUGGUUAGGAAUGAAAGGACUCAGAAAAACAAAAAUGAUGAUUAAACAGAAGAAAUAAAAGAGAAAUAUUAACUGUACUGAAAGCUUCACAUUUCAAUUUUUUUAAUGAAUGGAUUCUAUAAAAAGAUUUAAGAAGGAUUAUCAAUACCUUUACUAGUUUGGCUGAAAUUAAUAAAAAACAAAUCAAGAUAAAAACUGUCAAUUAUGACUUUCAUUUUUAGAUUAAUAAGAUUGCUAAAUAGAUGUUUUAAUUUGGGCCCUCACCAUAUUUGACACACGGUACCGUUUUCUUGUUUUUGUUAAG